AUGAAUCACUUUUCAUCCGUGGGGGGGGCGGGGUAUAGUGCGCCGAUCUACGCCAAGGCACUCUCUCAGUUUGCGGUUUGCCGUCAGCCCUGGACUGAGUACAUUAACCUGCUCACCAAAGAGGACACCAAGCCCUAUCAUACGGAGCCGCCUGAGCGGCCGGCCUAUCGUGGACGAAAGCGCGGCCGUGAGGGCUGGCUUUUCGGGCAGCAGGUUCCUUUACAUUAUCACAGCUAUCCAGACGAGCAGCUUUUUGCUAAUCUCACGCGCUGGCGGAUGGGGGAUACGGUCGGCGAUAUCGCUCUCCAACAGUUCCGCAAUGCACAGCCUUUCGAUAUCGAGGAUAAGGACCCGCAAGGGUUUCAGCGCCCCUCCCCAGAGGUUUAUAUGAAGCUUAACUAUAAAAACCCCGCAACGAUCUCGAGGUUUUUGACGCGCACCGGGCAUUUAUACCCGCAGGAUAUUCUCCCUCUGAACCCUGAGGCCGUCGUCAAGCUUCGGGUGGCGAAAAUGCAGGCGAUUCGAAUCGGCCUUUAUCCACGUUUUGGUAAUCCGUUUUGGUUCCGCUCGCAGCGCUUUCGCCCGAAGGCCUACCAGGAGAACUACGACCCCACGACGUACUCCACCAAGCAUACCGUGGAGCAUUUCGCGUAUAAUUGGGUUCAGAUGGAUCGCAUUCGGCAGUAUUUUAAAGAAUUGGAGGAGCUUCAUAAACGGAAGCGGGACGCCACGGGGUCGGGCACUGGCACCACAGCCGAAAACAAACAGCAAAAUCAGCAUUAUGCACCGGAUAAUGAGUCGAUUAACCCUUAUCGCGAUAACCCACCCUACACGGCGAAUGUCGCGCACUCCAUGAAGAAUCCGACGGUCCCUGGGCUGAUGUCGACGAGGGGGAUGAAAAAGAAGUUUCAUAACUUAUACUCAUCGACAUCGACAAAGCGGAUGGGCUUUUCGAACCCAACACUGGGUAUCAAGAAGGUCUAA